AUGUCGCAAGUCAAGGCUACAACUAUGUCAGACGACACAACUUCAGUGGGUCGCAUGCUUACAAGACGAGCUAGUCGCUCUGUGGCAACCGCUAACAAGCAACCAUCUUCCCUUUCGGAACAACCAUUACCUGCUGUUGCCGUGGACCAAGCAAAACAUCAAUCAUCUGAAGACAUGAUCAAUGAUACACCACCAUCCACUAGUGAGAAUAUCGAGAGCAAUGGAUCCUCCCCCUCUGAUGUCAGCACGAGAGUAACGCGCUCACAAUCAGCCGAAUCAACAUCCCAUCACAAUCAAAACGAGAUACCUGAGGAAUCAUUUGGGAAGGCAACCAAUACCCGUAAACGAGCAUUACGCAGCACAAGCACACCCACCAUCGCUGACAAGGGAUCAUCCGAAAGCGACUACCAAAAGACUAAGCGGUCUAAACCAAAUUCUACAAGCAAUAAGGCUGCCGCUGUGCGAGAUGACAAGGAAACCCGACACACCAAUCAAAGGAUAACAAAGGAAACUCGACAAUCAGGUCAACGGAUGACAAAGGAAACUCGCGAAGCAAGAAGAGCUCAAAGAAAGGCUGAAGCAAAAGAAAAGCUUGCCGAGUUGGACCGAUUAGAAAAGGCUGUCAAAGAAGGCAACCAUCCCGAGUAUUUGAAGCUGAUUGAAGAGAUCGAAGAAAAACGUAUCCACAGGCUUAAGGUGGGAGAAGCCCAAUAUCAGCAUGCCAUGCGCAAUCAGACAGCUAUCAUGGAAGCAGCACGUAAAUCAGCCAAUGACCACUUUCAGCUACAGAAAAAGGGAUUGCGUCGACGAAUGAUAGAACACGUGCAGCAGAAAAUCAACGCUCUUGAGCAGGAGUAUUAUUCCCACAAUCGACAAUCAAUUGUUCCUUUAUCAGAACAGGAAGCCGACCACGAUUUCGAGCUUAUGCGCUCCGCUGUUACACACCACCAUUACCAACAGCAAGCAAGUUCUCCAUCACUUGAACGUUUUACCCACCACCAACAACCAAAUUCACCAGCACCUGAACACCGGUAUUUGCACAACAAUGAACCUGCUUUCACCACGUCGUCAUCCUUACUCGUCUCACCGCCACCACAGCAUCACGAUAUGAAAACAUCAGCGUCCUCUCCUCAACAAACAACAUCCUAUUUUAGCAAUUUAAUGAACGAUGCCUUACCACCACGACAACCACCACUUGUUGAUGAUCAUUCUAAAACAGCAAAUCUAUCCACAUCUUCAAAUCAACAAAACACUCCAGCAAACAACAGACUAUCCUCCCCAACCCUUGAUGGGUUAGCAUCGCUGGCCGACCGCCAACAACCACCACCAUACCAUUAUCAUCCGAGCCAUUGCAUUGUUUCCGAAAACACCUCAUCCACCAACCAACUCGUUAAAUAG